AUGGGGCAAAAAUCCAUGAUAUGUGCCGCUCAAGAUACCAUAAAAGGCAAACCAAUUGAAAACUCAACACUCAUUAAAAAAUUGUUAGAAUUAUCUGAUAGUAAAACGGAGCAUUUACCAGGUCUUUUUACUCUUGUUCCUGGAAUGCCAGUUAUUUUAACUCAAAAUAUGGCUAUUGAACUGGGUCUUAUUAAUGGAAUGAAUGAAAUCUUUCGACAACUUGUUUUUGAAGAAGAGUCUGUGUCUACAGAAGUUCUUUCCGACACAUUUCCAAAUAACUCAUAA